AUGGGCACAGCAAGCCGGCAACUGCUGCCUUUGCGCACGCUGACGAAGGCCUUUGACAUCACGACAGCCGCGAGUGCGCCGCGCAAGGUGCUGAAUGGAGGGUCAGACGGGCUCUUGGCUUCGGCUGCCAACCAGGCUGUCUCUGCGCUGACAGACGCUAUGGAGGCCAUUGAGAGUUUGCUUAACAUCAGUGCACCGGACCUACGGGCGAGCGACGUUAAGGAGCUGUCUGGCUUGGAUAACUACAAACAGGUCCUCAGCACAGAAAAGAAGGUGGUGGUCUUGUUCACGGGGUGUGACGAGGGCUGUGGUUAUAUUGACAGUGUUUUCGAAGGAAUGUGCAACCAUUACGCGGGUCGCGGGAUGGCCUUCUACAAUGUCGACGCCUAUGCCGAGAGGGACAUUGUGAGCUUCGCCAACGUAGUUCACGUGCCUAUGGUCAUCGUAUACAAAAACGGAGAUCGCUACGGAUCCGCUAUUGGUGAUAACCUGCUGGAAGACCUUGAAGUCUUGCUCGAGCGACUCGUUUGA